GCAGUUUGCGAAGGGAAUCAAAACAAUCGCGGACUUGGUGAUCAAAGUCCUCUGUCCGUUCCAACAUUUACCUGAUUUGCAUUUUUACCACGACUAAAUCUCAUUUAUUAAGUAGAAAGUGCAACCGCAAACUACCUCUACACUGCCACCAAGAUGUUCGCUCUUCGUGUAGCUUCUAGAAUGGGAUACCGUGUAAGCGGCAGUUCGCUACGUUCACGUUCGAUAGCCAGCUUAUCCGCCCUACCGGACACGCAUCAGAUGUUGCAGAAAACGUGCCGUGACUUUGCAGACAAUGAGCUGGUCCCGAAUGCGGCCCGGUUCGAUCGGGAGCACCUGUAUCCGGCGGAACAGAUACGCAAGAUGGGCGAGCUGGGGCUGAUGGCGGUGUCGGUGAAGGAAGAUUACGGUGGCACCGGACUGGACUACCUCGCGUACGCCAUCGCAAUGGAAGAAAUAUCACGCGGAUGUGCCUCGGCGGGUGUUAUCAUGUCGGUGAACAAUUCGCUGUACUUGGGACCGCUAACACAUUUUGGUAACGAGGAGCAAAAACAAAAAUACGUCGUCGACUAUACGGACGGUUCGCGCGUAGGCUGUUUCGCGCUGUCCGAGCCGGGUAAUGGGUCGGAUGCGGGUGCCGCAUCAACCACGGCAACGCUUAAGGGCGAUCACUGGGUGCUGAACGGUACGAAGUGCUGGAUCACGAACGGGUACGAGGCUGGUGCGGCCGUCGUAUUUGCCACCACAGACAAAUCGCUCAAACACAAGGGCAUUUCGGCGUUCAUCGUGCCGAAGGGCACGCCCGGCUUUUCGUUGGGCAAGAAGGAGGACAAGCUGGGCAUACGCGGUUCAUCGACCUGCUCGCUCAUCUUCGAAGAUUGCGCCAUCCCGAAGGAAAACUUGCUCGGUGAGCCGGGCUUCGGGUUCAAGAUCGCGAUGCAAACACUCGACGCUGGCCGGAUAGGAAUCGCAAGCCAAGCGCUGGGUAUUGCGCAAGCAUCGCUCGAAUGUGCCGUCGAUUAUGCCAACAAGCGCAUCGCAUUCGGCAAACCCAUCGCGAAACUGCAGGCCAUCCAGACCAAGCUGGCCGAUAUGGCGACCAGGCUCGAGGCGGCCCGCUUACUUACCUGGCGGGCUGCGUGGCUGAAGGACAGCAGCAAACCGUUUACGAAGGAAGCGGCCCAGGCUAAGCUGGCCGCAUCGGAGGCGGCCACCUACUGUGCACAUCAAGCGAUACAAGUGCUCGGUGGCAUGGGAUACGUGUCGGACAUGCCGGCCGAGCGGCACUACCGAGAUGCGAGAAUAACGGAAAUAUAUGAAGGCACGUCCGAGAUUCAGCGACUGGUCAUUGCGGGUGCCGUCAUCAAGGAGCUAACCGCAUAGUAGGGUGCGGAUGUUUGUGGGUGGGGGAUGCAGUCGGUGCUGAUGUUUUUAUCAUAUUUUGGAAUAUUUUGUUGUGUAUGUAGUGCGUAAAGAUAAAUUUAAAAAUAAAAAGAAAAAACAAUCUUUCGUUGUCUAGA